GCGAAGCCCGGUCUCCGGGUAAGAUGGCAGCGGACGGACAGUGCUCGCUCCCUGCUUCAUGGCGGCCAGUGACCCUCACCCACGUCGAAUAUCCUGCAGGUGAUCUCUCAGGCCACCUCCUUGCCUACCUGAGCCUCAGCCCUGUGUUUGUCAUCGUUGGUUUUGUGACCCUCAUCAUAUUCAAGCGGGAGCUGCACACGAUCUCAUUCCUCGGGGGCCUGGCACUGAACGAGGGGGUCAACUGGCUGAUCAAACACGUCGUCCAGGAGCCACGGCCCUGUGGAGGCCCCCACACUGCAGUGAACACCAAGUACGGGAUGCCCUCUAGCCAUUCCCAGUUUAUGUGGUUCUUCUCUGUCUACUCCUUCCUUUUCCUGUAUUUAAGAAUGCACCAAACGAACAACGCCAGGUUCCUGGACUUGCUGUGGAGGCACGUGCUCUCCCUGGGUCUCCUCACUGCAGCCUUUCUAGUCUCCUACAGCAGGGUCUACUUGCUAUACCACAGCUGGAGCCAGGUGUUCUAUGGGGGCAUCGCCGGGAGCCUCAUGGCCAUCGCCUGGUUCAUCUUCACCCAGGAGGUCCUCACCCCACUGUUCCCCAGGAUAGCAGCCUGGCCUGUCUCUGAAUUCUUCCUAAUCCGAGACACAAGCCUCAUUCCCAACGUGCUCUGGUUUGAGUACACAGUAACCCGGGCAGAAGCCAGGAACAGACAGCGCAAGCUGGGGACAAAACUACAGUGACUGGUGGAUGUGGCUGGGUCCAGCUUCCAAGUCUGGCCUGCACAAUGCCUUGCAGGAUGGACAGAAUGACGGACAGAGGGAUGAGGCAGAGACCUCUACAGACCCAAGUCACCAAGUGGAGCCUUUUUUUUCUUAUUUUAAUUUUAAUGAACAAGUUGGACCAAAAGGCCAAGCCAGCCCCUCAACUGGGACCCUGGAGGGUCUGCUGCCAGGGGCCACAGGGCCAGAGCCCUUCACUGUGCUGCUGCCAGCCCCUGGUCAGGCAGAAAGUACCCUUGGCAUGGGCACUAGGGUGUGGGGUAGAGGAGGAGGGCUUGUGCCUCUGGUCUCAGGGCCAGGAAGUCCAGGUGGAGUGAAAAGUACACACUAUUUAUUUUUUGGUUUUUGUCAAAGGCAGAUAGGAUUUUGGGGAUGAGGCCGUGAGAGACCCUAUUCUGCAGUGGCUGGGUUGCACACAGAGGGGCCCGGCUCAGCUUCCCAGGCCCUUUGCCUUGAGCCCAGAACUCCCUGGGCCUGCGAGAUGACCUGGGGGACCAGGAGGAGGAAGCCACCCCGUUCCGUCCCUGCCACCAUUGCCAUUCCAGAACCUCAUUCAGUGUUUCCUUGUCUGGGGUGAGUGCCCAGAGAGAGCACACGUCUGGUGGCUGCUAUCACUGGGUUCUGUCCCGCAUUGAUCCUAUACCACAAGGGCUUUCUCUGGUCCCCUGUCCCCAAGACAAUGGUCCCUUUCUGACAAAAGAGCCUGCACAUUGUGGGUGAGCAAACCCAAGCCGUUUACCGCUCUUUUUUGUCCUGCCAUCUGGUAGCAUUUAGUCUUCAUCCCCACUUGAACAAAAUGCUAAGGCACUAGGAGCUGGGGUGAGCGGAACAGGGCAGUGGGUGCCUGAUGUCCCCCUCCCUUCCCUUGGCGUGCUCUGAACAUGUCAUUGUCCUUCCUACCCUUCUCCAGUAGGCUGGAACCCACUCAGGUUCACCCUGAAGUCUUGUGUUGGGGCCUGGGCUCACUGAUCCGCCACGGAGCCAGCUCAGAGGAGGCUCUUCCUGAAGGGACCAACCUCUAAGUUGCUCUGAGACGAAAUUGUGGGGAGGAGAAGCUUUCAGAUUGUUAGAGGAGUUUCUAGAACUGAACCAGGCCACUUAAGAUCUGUGUUUGAAUCCUUUUCUCCCUGUUUUCUUUGUGGAGGUUCCUAAUCUGCUGCUGAAGCACAAUAUUUUGGUGCUUUCUUUUCUCUCAUUUGUUAAAGACAGUGUCCAAAAGCCAUUCCAGAUGCUAGGACCAGGGGCUUAUUUCUGGGGAAGGUAGGUCAGUCCCCACAUUUCCCUUCCCUCCCCUUCUUAUUUUUAUUUUUUACUUUUUUGCCUGAGACAAGCCAAGUGUGAGGUGGUUUGAUUUAAGAAAAAUCAUUGAAAUUGUUUACUAUUGUUUUAAAAUAAAAUUGUAAACUCUGGC